AUGACGACCGGAACAGAAUCAAAAAAGCCAAAAGCGAUCAUCUCCCCGUCGUUACUCGCGUGCGAUUUCGCCAACAUGCAAUCGGAAUCCGAGAAAGUCCUCUCGUUCGGCGCCGAUUGGCUUCACUUGGACGUCAUGGAUGGCCACUUCGUCCCGAACUUGUCCUUUGGCGCUCCGGUCAUUGAAAGCUUACACAAACACUUCCCGGAGGCAUAUUUCGACGUCCAUUUGAUGGUGACGAACCCGAGAGAUUACGUAGAACCGAUGAAAAAAGCUGGGUGCGACAUGUUCACGUUUCACAUCGAAACCUGCGCGAACAUCGACGAAGCGAUUGGUCUGUGCGAAAGCAUCAAAAAAGGAGGCAUGAAAGUCGGCGUGGCGAUGAAACCGAAAACGAACGCGGAAUCUAUUUUCGCCUUAGCGGACGAGAAUUUCGUGGACAUGCUCUUAGUGAUGACCGUGGAACCUGGGUUUGGAGGGCAAAAGUUCAACCCGGAUAUGAUGCCAAAAGUGAAAGAGUUGCGCGAGAAGUAUCCCGCGAUGGAUAUUCAAGUCGACGGCGGUUUGAGCGCGUCGACGAUCGGCAUGGCGAGCGAAGCUGGAGCGAACGUCAUCGUCGCUGGAAGUUCCGUGUUUGGCGCAAAGGAUGUGAAAGGUGCGAUUGAUGUGUUGAGGCAAGCCGUGGAUGCCGCUUAA